AAAGAUGGCAAAACGACCAGCAGAGGAAUCUCUGGAGAGCACGAUAGCAGGCUCGCCAGCGCCCAAGAAGGCGCGUGUCCAAGACACCCCAGACGAAGAUGCACCUCCACCACCACCGCCUCCGCCAGAAGUGAGCAACGGUCAUCUAAAUGGCGCUGAAGGGAAUGGCAACUCUCACGGUGACGAAACAGGGGAGGGUCAGGACGACGAGGAUGAAGAAGAGGAGGAUCGCUCAGCGAGAACGCGACAGAAAGUGCCCAUGGAAGGCUAUUCGGACUUAUACCUCGACACGAUAGCACGAUCGAGGCUGGACUUCGACUUCGAAAAGCUCUGCUCCAUCACACUCUCCAACAUCAACGUCUACGCCUGCCUCGUAUGCGGCAAGUACUUCUCGGGACGAGGCGCAAAGACGCCUGCAUAUUUCCACGCGCUGGAAGAAGGGCACCAUGUGUACAUCAACAUGGAGACGAAAAAGGUCUAUGUGCUGCCUGAAGGAUAUGAAGUCAAGAACAAGAGUUUGGAUGAUAUCAAGGUUGUCGUGGAUCCACGCUUCACGCUCGAGGAAGUCAAGGCGAUGGACAGGGAGCCCAAACCGCAGUGGGAUUUGCUGGGAAGGAAAUACAUCCCAGGCUUCGUUGGACUGAACAACAUCAAGGCCAACGACUACUUGAAUGUCGUGGUACAAGCUUUGUCACACGUUACGCCCUUGCGCAACUUUCUCAUGCUCGAGGAUUUGUCGUCGCGGCCGGAGCUGGUGAAGCGCUUCAGCGUUCUGGUCCGCAAGAUGUGGAAUCCCAAGGCUUUCAAAAAGCACGUCUCACCCCACGAACUGAUACAGAACAUCUCGCUACAAUCGGGCAAGAAGUUUUCUCUUACUGAGCAAGCAGAUCCAGUUGACUUCCUCAGCUGGUUUCUAAAUAACCUCCAUCUGGCACUAGGAGGAAGCAAAACGAAACCCAAAUCUUCUAUCAUUCAGAAGAUCUUCCAGGGGGCGCUCAAAGUGGAAUCGCAAGAGAUUUCAGCUCGAGCAGAUGCAGGCGAUCGACUUCGCUUUGAAGACACGGCCAUCAAGUCGCAACAAUCGCGCUACAUGAUCCUCACCCUCGACCUGCCAGCCGCACCACUCUUCCAAGACGACGUCGAGAAGAACAUCAUCCCACAAGUGCCACUGACUACAGUACUGCAAAAGUACAACGGCAUCGUUGCACAGGAAAGGAUGAAUACAAGAGUGCGGUACAGAUUAUUGCAUCCCUUGCCACCAUACCUCAUCAUGCACGUCAAACGCUUUCAACCUAACAAGUUUCUACAAUCACAACGGAACCCCACCAUCGUCACUUUUAACCCCAGGUCGCUGGAUAUGGGCCCUUAUGUGGAGCCGGAUCCGAAACAGCAUCCCAUGGGCGAGCCCAUCGUGUACGAUUUGAUUGCGAAUGUCACGUACGAGGGUGUGAAAGUGCGAGACGACUCGGUCGAGGGUGAGGCAGAGCGCAAGGUAUGGAAAGUGCAAGUAAAAGAAGGCGGCAACAGUAAUCAGUGGUGGGAAAUGCAAGAUGAUUUUCCGGUGGAGAAGGUGAAUGCGGACCUGCUGGCUACGAAAGAGAGCUAUGUUAUGGUUUGGGAGAGACGAAAGGGAAAGGCGAAGGCUUGA